AGCGGCCCCUGGCAUCUGUCAUCAAAGAAGUGUGCGACGGCUGGUCGCUGCCCAACCCGGAGUUCUACACGCUGCGCUAUGCUGACGGACCCCAGCUGUACAUCACGGAGCAGACUCGCUGUGACAUCAAGAACGGGACCAUCCUGCAGCUGGCCGUUUCCCCGUCCCGGGCCGCCCGCCAGUUGGUGGAUCGGGUCCAGUCACACAGCAUGGAGGCUCGACUCGAGGCCAUGAAGGAGCUGGCCAAGCUCUCUGCAGAUGUGACCUUUGCCACCGAAUUCAUCAACAUGGACGGCAUUUCAGUGCUGACCCACCUGGUGGAGAGCGGCACCAAGCUCCUCUCCCACUACGGCGAGAUGCUGGCGUUCACCCUGACGGCCUUUCUGGAGCUCAUGGAUCAUGGCAUCAUGUCGUGGGACCUGGUCUCCGUCACCUUCAUCAAACAGAUUGCAGGGUGCGUGAGUCAGCCCACGGUGGACGUCUCCAUCCUGCAGCGCUCCUUGGCCAUCCUGGAGAGCAUGGUGCUCAACAGCCAGAGCCUGUAUCAGAAGGUGGCCGAAGAGAUCACUGUGGGGCAGCUCAUCUCUCACUUGCAGGUCUCAAACCAAGAGAUCCAGACCUAUGCUAUCGCCUUGAUCAACGCCCUCUUCCUGAAGACACCUGAGGACAAGAGACAGGACCAGCGUCUUAACCCACUAGACCUGCCCUGCACUGAGAUGGCCAACGCCUUUGCCCAGAAGCACCUGCGCUCCAUCAUCUUGACUCACAUCAUCCGAGGAAACCGCCCAAUUAAAACGGAGAUGGCUCAUCAGCUGUAUGUGCUUCAGGUCCUGACCUUUAACCUCCUGGAAGAGCGCAUGAUGACCAAGAUGGACCCCAAUGAUCAGGCGCAAAGGGACAUCAUCUUUGAGCUGCGAAGAAUCGCCUUUGACGCGGAGGCCGAGAGCAACAGUAUCUCUGGCAGUGGGACAGAGAAGCGCAAAGCCACCUACACCAAGGACUACAAGAUGCUGGGCUUCACGAACCACGUCAACCCUAUGCUGGACUUCACGCAGACCCCGCCGGGGAUGCUGGCCUUGGACAACAUGCUUUAUCUGGCCAAAUACCAUCAGGAUACCUACGUCCGGAUCGUCCUGGAGAACAGCAGCCGGGAAGACAAGCACGAGUGCCCCUUUGGGCGCAGCGCCAUUGAGCUCACCAAGAUGCUUUGCGAGAUCCUGCAGGUCGGAGAACUUCCCAACGAGGGCCGGAAUGACUACCACCCCAUGUUCUUCACUCACGACCGUGCCUUUGAGGAGCUCUUUGCCAUCUGCAUCCAGCUGCUGAACAAGACCUGGAAGGAGAUGAGGGCAACGGCAGAGGAUUUCCACAAGGUGAUGCAGGUGGUGCGUGAGCAGAUCACCCGGGCCCUGCCCGCCAAGCCCAGCUCCUUGGACCAGUUCAAGAGCAAGCUGCGCAGCCUGAACUACGCAGAGAUCCUGCGCUUGCGCCAGUCGGAGCGGAUGAGCCAGGACGACUUCCACUCCCCGCCCAUCAUGGAGCUGCGGGAGAAGAUUCAGCCCGAGAUCCUGGAGCUCAUCCGGCAGCAGCGCCUGAACCGCCUCUGCGAGGGGAGCAGCUUCCGCAAGGUCGGCAAUCGGAGGAGGCAAGAGCGCUUCUGGUACUGCCGCCUGGCGCUCAACCACAAGAUGCUGCACUACGGAGACCUGGAGGACAACGCCCAGGGAGAGGUGACCUUCGAUUCCCUGCAGGAGAAGAUCCCUAUCGCAGACAUCAAGGCCGUUGUCACUGGGAAAGACUGUCCCCACAUGAAAGAGAAGGGAGCCCUGAAGCAGAACAAGGAGGCCCUGGAGCUGGCCUUCUCCAUCCUCUACGAUCCCGAUGAGACCCUGAACUUCAUUGCGCCCAACAAAUAUGAGUACUGCAUCUGGAUCGACGGCCUGAACGCGCUGCUGGGGAAGGACAUGGCCAGCGAGCUGACCAAGAGCGACCUGGACACCCUGCUGAGCAUGGAGAUGAAGCUGCGCCUGCUGGACCUGGAGAACAUCCACAUCCCCGAGGUGCCGCCCCCCCUCCCCAAGGAGCCCAGCAGCUAUGACUUCGUCUACCACUACGGCUGAGGAUGGGGG